CAGCCCUCACUAUAUUGAGCUCAAACUCAAACUCAAACUAAUCACUAUUUCAUCGUUUGAAAUAAUAGUUCUUCAUUCCUUCUUUCACUCAAACCAGAAGACAUGGUGAGAGCUCCCUGCUGUGAGAAAACGGGGUUGAAGAAAGGGCCAUGGACUUCAGAAGAAGACCAGAUUCUCAUCUCCUACAUCCAAACUUAUGGUCAUGGAAAUUGGCGAGCACUGCCAAAGCAUGCUGGCUUGUUGAGAUGUGGGAAGAGCUGUAGACUCCGGUGGAUAAACUAUCUGCGGCCAGAUAUAAAGAGGGGAAACUUCACUAGAGAAGAAGAAUAUGCCAUCAUCAAUUUGCAUGAAAGGCUUGGCAACAGAUGGUCAGCAAUCGCAGCAAGAUUACCAGGAAGAACUGAUAAUGAAAUUAAAAACGUAUGGCAUACCCACUUAAAGAAGAGACUACAGAAACACGACAACACCACAUCACCUACAUGUAGCACUUCCAAUCUCACAAGCCAAUAUGCAGAACCCGAAUAUGUUCAUUUUGAGAGUGCAACAAGCCAUGCAUCAGUGUCACCACAACCAAGUUCUAGUGACGAUGUUUCAUCAGUCACUGAAGCCUCGGCUGCAAUGGGUCACAAUAUGAUCAAAGAUGAAAAGUUCGAGUUGGAUGCAACCUUCCCCCAUAUCGAUGACAGUUUCUGGUCAGAGGCACUUUCAGCUGACAAUUCCAGCGACAUCCCAUUAGAGUUUCUAGAGGGCGCAAACGAUCGAACACAACCUCAAGUUCUAUUUCCUUCAUGCAUGGGUGAUGGCAUGGAGUUUUGGUACGACCUUUUCAUCAAAACAGGCGAUGGGGGCACACCAGAACUACCAGAGUUUUGAAUGCUUGCUUUCUUAAUUAUUUGGAGGAAUUUUAUUUGGCGGUUAGAGUAGUUUAAAGUUCAAUCACGGUAUCUCCAAUUGACCGUACCUAAACACUAGUAGGCAUGGAAAUUUCCGAUGUGCGACGAAAAGUUUUCACCUUUGCCAAAGGCUUGAGUUUGAUGCAUUGACGAAGAAGCUACAGAGGACAUAUAGUCUACACUCUACAGCUAACUUAUGAAUAAAGGGAGAGACAAAAAGAUUGACGUAUGAAAUUUUUUGUAAAGGUAUGAAACUACUUAGAAUUGAGUGACUCCUUCUGCAUCAAGCCAUCAAGUUUUUUUUCUUUUGAAAGGCAAGAACUCAAGUUUCUAUCAAGAUGAUAGAUUGUCUGGUCGAUCAAGAUGAUGUAACGAUGCGACGACAAAGAAAAAUGAUGUAAUUGAGUUUGGGUAGACAAAUGAAAAUUUAUAUGCAUCCAAACUUAUGUAGUUAAAUAGUUAUGUACUUUUGGUAUCUGUUAUCUUUCAUUUAUGUGCAACACUUCGUUUGGUUUUGUGCUGGAGGAGUAAAAUUUGAA